AGUAGUGCCAGGCGGGGCUACGUUGGGUGGAGUUACGGCUUCCGCGCGUCAACAGUGUGCCUCUCGCGUCCCUGACGUUCGCACGCCUCUCUGCCCAGUCCCGACGCCACGCCGCUGCCUUUCCGCCGCGCUCACUCGCUCGCGCGCGCCCGUUUGUGUGUGUGUAUGUGUGGACGCGUGCUGCCUGGAGGAGGAAGAACAUUUCGUGCCUCAGCGUCUGCCCGGUUGAUGCUUCGGGCUAUGAAGCCUCUGUUGCGGCCGCUGACACGUGGACGAGGCGCCUCGACCUUCAAGCACUUCUGAUGCACUUCGGUGCGGCUUCAAGGGAGUCUGCAGGCGCGGCGGGCUGGUGCGGGAUUCUCGAUCGUCUGACUGAGGAUAUCUUGAUGCAAGAAAGAUACUCGUAACCUCGCGUCGACAAGAUAUAGAGAACAGAGUUCACAAACAGAUAGAAACAUCGGGAGGAGAUAUAUAUAUAAAUAAAAAGGGAGCGAGCGUGCGGGCGAGAGAGAGAGAGAGAGAGAGAGAGAGAGAGAGAGAGAGAGAGAGAGAGAGAGAGAGAGAGAGAGAGAGAGAGAGAGAGAGAGAGAGAGAGAGAGAGGAACUAGAGAGAGAGGAAGAUAGGUGAAGAGAGAGAGAGGCUCAGAGAUGCGGACUUAGAAAUAAACGGCAUUUGCAUCAUUCUUGGAAGACUGUUGAAAACACAAUCGGUAAUUAUGGUACUGAGUGAGGCCAACUUGGAGCUACAGAGGAUUCACGGGAAAGGACACUGAAAAGGAAGAAAAAAGUAUAAAUAGAAUAGAAAGAGAAUUUACGAUAGAUUUUGGCGGGAGAAGAGGAGAAGGGGAGGAGGGAGAGUGAUUAAAGUUGUAGAAGAAGAUAAAAAGAAAAGAUAACCGUCGACGUAUACGGCCAAGACGAGAGGAGAGACUAUGGAGUAGCUGUCAAACCCUGAAGCAACAAGAUAUCCAUGUGUUAACAGUACAAAAGCUUUCGCACGCGGCCCAGACGAGCGAGGUCCUAGCGGAGCCCGAGGCCAGGAAGAUGUCUGCCCACAGGAGGGUGGAAGCGACAGUUCUGGCAUGGGCUUGGAUAUCCUGGCUGGCCUCCGUCGCGCUGUUCAUGGGUCAGAUCAGGUCGGAAGUCGCGGCCACCGGGGUGCAGCUGGACGGUGACCUCAUCCUGGGAGGCCUGUUCCCCGUGCACGAGAAAGGGGACAAAACGCCAUGCUCGUCUGCCGUGUACGACCGCGGACUGCAGCGCCUGGAGGCGAUGCUGUACGCGGUCGACCUGAUAAACAAGGACCCCGUUCUCCUGCCCAACAUCACGCUGGGCGUCCACAUCCUCGACACCUGCUCUAGGGACACCUACGCCCUCAACCAGUCGCUGGAAUUCAUCCGAGUGUCCCUGGACGCGCUGGACACCUCCGGGCUGGAGUGCUCGGACGGAAAGGAACCGCGCGUCAAGUACCGAGCCAAGCCCGUGCGCGGCGUCGUCGGGGGCUCCUACUCGUCCGUGAGCCUCCAGGUGGCCAACCUGUUCCGCCUCUUCCACAUCCCGCAGGUGAGCCCCGCCUCCACCGCCCGGGCGCUCUCCGACAAAGACCGCUACGAGUUCUUCGCGCGGACGGUCCCGCCGGACACCUUCCAGGCCAUGGCCAUGAUGGACGUGAUGCAGCUCUUCAACUGGUCCUACAUCUCCACCAUCUACUCCGAGGGAUCCUACGGCGAGUUCGGCAUCGAGGUCAUCCACAACCUGGCCGGCGCGAGGAACAUCUGUAUCGCCGUCUCGGAGAAGAUCCCGCACAACGCCGACCACCGCCUCUACGAGGACAUCGUGAUGAGCCUCCUGAAGAAGCCCACGGCGAGGGCGGUGGUCCUCUUCACGCGCGCAGAGGAUGCAAGGUAUGUUGAAGGACUCUGUGUACGUGUAUGUCGCGCCUGUAAAUUACACCCAUCACUGUGAUUUUUGCUAAUGUAAGUAUUACUGCAAAUUACAUUUUCAUUUUUGCUGAUAUCCCAUGACUGAGCCACAUAAAUUAGGUGAUGCUGAUACGAUUAUGAUUGCAG